CACCAAUCAAAGUUCUCCAUCGAGUAUAUAUACAACGGACGGCGCUUAAUUCAAAUUAUCAACAUAUUCAGCAGCAACAAUAUUGAUUCAAGAUGAAAAUAUUAAGAACGUUGGUAUUCUUCUGCGUCUUGGCAUAUGGCUUUUGCCAAGAAGAAGACCAUUGUGAUGCCCAGUAUAAUGACAUUAUAGCAGAAGGAUUUGAUUUCAAUGAUAAUGAUGAAUACCCUGAGUCUGAAAUAGAUGGAGCAGAGAAAGAACUUUCUGAAAAUAAUAAAAGAGAUUAUGAGCAGUUAAAGAGUGACAAAGAAACUGCACUUAGCCUCAUUUCCUUAAAUUCCAAAGACCCGUGGAUCGCACAAAAACCACCUAUAGGAGGGUCGAUGUGUGAGUCAAAGUUCAGAUCAUUGUCUAUUGGAAGAACGUUCUGGUAUUACGGGAAAAAGUGUUACGUACUGAGACCUUGGUGGAAUACUGUUUUUACGGCUAUAACAUAUGCUGACUGCAAACCACAAUCUUGUAAGAAUGUUCCCUGCAUUUCCUGGAUGUUUCCAUACAGAUACAGGUGUGUACCAAGCAACUUCAAAAUCUUCAACAUUUGGUUAUACUGUCCACAACCAUUUCCACGUAUACGCAGACUUCAACUGAAAGCUCCACAAUGUUGUGAAUGCAGGAGAUUCAAAGCUCCUUGGAUUGCGUUGGAGGAUGUAUCAACCAAAGGGUAGAUAACUGAGCUUGUACCUAAAUUAUCAUUCCAAGUUCGAAUCAGACACCCAGAGCUACAAGAAAUUGAACUGCAUAUAGAUGCGAAAACAUAAUUUUCAGAUAUUUUCUUAGAAAUGACGUAUUUAUAAAGAAAAUGUCAUUUUCCUUCACUUAUAUAAUUAUAUCAAAAAUAAAAUGAUUUUCCUUGAA